AUGGACCUGUGUGUGACCAUCAAAGGCGUGUCGUUCCUGCUGCAGACGGGUCUGGGGAUCCUAGCGAACACGCUGGUGCUGCUAGCGUACGCACACAUGCUUCUGCGCGAGUCUCGGCUAACACCCACGGACGCUAUCCUGUGCCACCUGGCAUUCGCGGACCUGCUUCUGCUGCUAACCCGCGGCGUUCCACAGACCCUGACCGUGUUCGGCGUGUGGAACCUUCUGGACGACGCCGGCUGCAAGGUGGUCAUAUACCUGUACCGCGUGUCGCGCGCGCUGUCAGUGUGCCUGACCUGCAUGCUGAGCGUGUUCCAGGCGGCUAGUGUCGCCCCCGCGGCCGGCCCGCUGCUCUCCUGCCUCAAGCCUCGACUCCCGCGGCUAGUCCUCCCCGGCUUCGCCGUGCUCUGGCUCAUCAACAUGGCCGUCUGCAUCGCCGCACCCUUCUUCUCCGUAGCCCCGCGCAACGGCACCGUCCCGCCGUUCACCCUCAACCUGGGCUUCUGCCACGUGGACUUCCGUGAUAACCUGUCCUACGUGGUGAACGGGGUGGCCGUGUCGGUGCGCGACUUCGCAUUCGUGGGUGUAAUGCUAGGCUCCAGCGGGUUCCUCCUGGUGCUCCUGUACCGCCACGGCCGGAAGAUGAAGGGCAACCGGCGCUCGCAGGGCAAAGAGACACGCGCCGCUAAGACUGUGCUGAUGCUAGUGGUUCUGUACACGGUGUUCUUCGGCAUCGAUAACGUCAUCUGGAUCUACAUGCUAACAGUGGCGCAGGUGCCGGCGGUGGUGGCCGACAUGAGGGUGUUCUUCUCCUCGUGCUACGCCUCGUUCAGCCCGUUCCUCAUCAUCUCCUCCAACAAGAAGGUCAAAGCGAGGAUGGUGUGUGCGAGCACGGACCCAGCGGACGACAGCAAGCAGUCAGACGCCAAAAACUCGGAGUCCUAGUUAAGCUAAUAGUGCUUAAAACUCUGUUUGUACGGAAAGACUACACACCUGCACACAUAUAUUUUCAAACACACAUACCUAUAGACUAAACACCAAAUACGCACGUGCACGGCGUCAGCAUUUUCAUGGAGUCACGUUUUGUUUCUCAAAAAUUUUCAAAACCUGCAUCUUGGAACCAGUUUCAAAGUUUGCAUUUUCGAAGCCUCCAAACACUGUUGUUGCGCAAAUGAACGGCCAGAACACAUUAAAAGAUUUCUGUUUUCUGUUAGAACAGUGUCAUGUUAGCGGCCCCUAAGUUAAUAACUAAUCAAAAACUAACUUUAUGUGGACAAUAAUUUAUUCUAGAGCUGCUGUAAAGCUUCUCAAUCUCUGUUACUUUAAUUUCCUAAAACUGUAAAGCUGUCUAGAAACAAUAUUGUUAAAAGCGCUGAAGGUGACUUGACUUGUUAUAUUGUCUCUGUAUUUGAAUGUGAA